UACAAAAAUCUAUAUUAAAACAUAUGUUUUUAUUUCUGAAGGUCUAUCGCAAUCCACUUUCAUAAGCUUCAAAUAGUAUACUGACUUAGCUCACGUAGGCCUACCGAGCGAACCUAGCCCAGCCAUUAGGCAGGAUGCUGCCUGGCCUACUAUUCCUUGGGCUUGCCUGCUUUGGCCUGCCUGCAUGUGAGGCACAACGACCCGUCGUCUUCGGAGGGACAGCACCUCCAGGGUGCCGCUGCGUGCCGCUUACCGACUGCCCUGAGCUACGGCCGCCUGCCGGCCAGCGCCUGUCGUACGAUCAAGCAGCGGCCCUUCAGCACCUAAAAUGUGACUUUGUCAGCCGCACCAUCAAGGUGUGUUGCGAAGGAGGGCAGCCAUCACCCCCGGAAGAGGACCCUACUCCUCCUCCUGCUGAGAAUGAUGGGACGGAGGGCACGCCCCCCACCGACCUGCCCCUGACCUGUGGCGACACCAUUAGCUUUGACAGGGUAUUAGGGGGGGGAGAAUAACCACCUGGGGGU